AAAACCAUUUUGGAUGUUCUGCUGCCACAUUCCAUGCAGAAGAUUGAAGACCUGAAAGCCGAGUUGGCCCAGCAGGAAGAAAGACAUGCCAACGAAGUGAAGAGGAUCCAAGAUGAGAUCGAUGAGCUCCGCAGGCGUGUGCGAGAGGUGGAGGAGACGGAGCCGCGGUGUAUUGGAUUCAACGACAGCACCGAUUCCUUCGUUCGAAAGGUGGAGUGGACCAUCAAGAACUUCAAGAGCGAGGAGAAGCUGAGCCCCAAGGGCACGCCGAUGUGGUCCCCCCGCUUCAAGCUGGCGGGGAUCAGUGAAGUGCGUUUAGAAUUCCUCCCCAACGGCCGUGAGAAGUCGUGGUCCGGCUUUUGCUCCCUCUUCCUUUGGUGUCCACCUGGAACAAGGAUCAGGUAUCAACUCUGGGUGGGGUCCUUUAUGAAGGCUCCAGAUGAGGACACGUACGACGCGGAAGUGGGCCACGGCCACUCCAACUUCUGUCCCUUAGCGCCGGAGAUCGACCUGGCGAACGACAGCGUCACCGUGGGAUGCAACAUCUUUGAGGUCAUGACCACCUACGAGAUGACUGAAAGGAACCUCAAGCUGUCUGCUUGGCCGCUGCAACAGUGGGUCAAGAAGGAGGCGGAGGUCUUGGAGAACCGCGGGGUGAAGUCCAUCUCGUGGAAAGUCCACAAGGUGGGAAAUGCCUUGCACCUCUAUCAAAGAGGCGCCUCAAUAUGCAGCCCCUGCUUCACGGCAGCUGGCAUCAGCGACAUCCAGAUGGAGUUUUAUCCCAACGGCUGCGCUGCGACCAAGAAGGACGGCUUCUGCUCCCUCUAUGUGAGAUGCCCGGAGAAAGUGGUUUUGAUCGUGACCUUGAUUGUGGGCAAGGUCAAGAAGGGGCCGAUCAGGACCACCUUCGACCGGGGAUCCGGGAAGGGCUUGCCCGACUUCUGCAGUUUGAAGGAGCAGAUCAAUGAUGAUGACACUGUGGAUGUAGGCAUUGAGCUGCAAAGUCGGCCGGCCGCCACGGUGCUCACUCUCGAGAGAGCCUGGCUCCGAAGGUUGCGCCGAACCGAUUCUUUCCACUGCAAAGCUGAUGCUCCAGAAAUGUCACUCACUGCGCACAACGACGUGGGAGCAGUCGCCCUUCCACCCACCCGACCCGCCCUCCUCUUCAGCGGCUCGAUGUGGCGCUCCUUGGCGGAGAAGGGCGAAAAGCCCCGGUCCGCGCUGACGAAGGAGGCCUUGCCUUCCUCGCCGCCGGAAGAGGCGCUGGCCCGCAGCGAUGGCAGCAGACUGCAGCUCCUGGAAGACCAGACCUUGCUUCGGUGGACGCAGCGUAGCAAUGGUAGUUGGAGAAAGCCCGAGAUUUGGCCAGUCGACAAGGAUCAGCUGGAAUGGCUUACCUGGGAAAUCUCCCAGCAGCAAGCGGAGCUGGCGGAGAAGCGGGCGGCCAAGGAGGAGGAAGCUCGGCGCCGCAGGGCCGAAAAGCUGGCCUCCGCCCCGGCGGCCUUAGCCGCUGCCAAGGCGGCGAAAGCGGGCGCGGGCGCCGAUGUGGAUGUGUCAGAGCGGCUGAAAGAACUCAUCUGCCUAAGGGAGCCUCCGUCUGAUGCGUUGGAGCAAGCAGAUGGUACCUUUCAGAUGACGCUGGAUGAUGGCGCCACCAUCACCUGGACUCGCAGGCCAGACGGUACCUGGCGACGGCCAGAGCACCGACGCGCUGGUUGGGUGGGCGAGCUUGAACAAGCCAAGUACACGCCACCGACGGUGCGGCUCUUGGAGGGUGCUGGGAUUGGAGAGAAGGUCCGCAGCGUCUUGCUCUGGGAUGAUGACUACAACCGUGAUCUUCCACUGCGUUCGAAGCCUGUGCUGACGCCGAAUGGCUACACGGCACAGGCUCAGGCGCCCCAGGCUCCGAAGCCCCGAGCAGAGGCUGCACCCAAGAAGAGCGGGACCAAUAAGGUUCCACAGGCCAAAGCCAAGGAUGAGGCGAAAGCGGCGAAAGCCGCCAAAGGAGGCGUUACGUGAGACGCUUCAUGCGCUCAGGGGCUGGACGUGGCUCCAAGGAGGACCGAGCCGUGGACAUGGAAUUGCUUCCAGCCCUGACGCGGCUCUGCGUGGCCAACGGGUGGCAAUAAGCACCCGGCCGGCACCGUUCCGGUCUCCGAACGCUCCGCUCGUUCCGGAAAGACCGCGCCAGACCGCGCGGAAAGCGCCAGCGCGCCACAGUCGUCGGUUGGGGAGGCUCGGGAGCGCAGG